CGCCCCGCAGCAGGACCUCCACACCCAGGCUCCUGCUCGUGUAGUUGACCGCUGAUCACCCCGCGAUGACUGCGACUCUUCUGUUGCUGCUGCUGCCGCUCAUCUGCGCCUCCGCCGGACGAGCUCCGCAGCCGCAGCCGCAGCCUCCGACGCAGCCACCCUCCGAAGUGAAGGAGUAUUUCAUCGCUGCUGUGGAGAUCGGCUGGGAUUAUAUCUACCUGGAAGAUGGGGACUCCGACCAGAGAGGGAGAUCCGGAGACAUUCCUCAGAAAUACAUCAAGGCAGUUUACAGGGAGUACACAGACGCCAAAUACACUGUCCCCAAACCCAGAGCAGCGUGGACAGGUAUUCAAGGCCCUGUGAUCAUGGCCAAGGCCGGUGACAGGGUGGUGGUUCACUUCAAAAACCUGGCCUCUCAGCCGUACAGCAUCAGCCCUCUGGGGAUCACCUACUGGAAACAGGCUGAAGGAGCCGGGUAUGAUGACUCCACAGCGGGUCAGGAGAAGGAGGAUGACGCCGUCUCUCCAGGAGGAUACUAUGAGUACGUGUGGGACAUCAGCCCCAAAGACGGACCCACCGGCAGCGACCCCGACUGCCUCACUUACUCCUACUCAUCCCAGGUGGACGCAGUGCGAGACGUCAACUCGGGACUCAUCGGUGCCCUGCUCAUCUGCAAAUCAAGUGCCCUCACAGACAACGGCCUGAGGAUAAAUCCAGCGUUCGUCCUAAUGUUUGCUGUGUUCGAUGAGACAAAGAGCUGGUACGGAGAGGUAGGAGAGAGGAUCAGCAGAGAGAAAUUCAAGAGGAGCUACGGCAGGAAGGAAUACCACACCAUCAAUGGAUAUGUCAACUCCACGUUACCUGGUCUGACAAUGUGCCAGGGCCGUAAUCAUGUGUUUUGGCAUUUGAUUGGAGUGGGCACAGCACCAGAAAUCCACUCCAUUCAGUUUCAGCAUCACUCGCUGCAGGUGUUGACUCAUCGUAAAGUGAUGAUGGAGGUGACUCCCAUGACCUUCAUCACAGCCAAAAUGAAAGCCGCUACAAUAGGCAGCUUCCUUAUCAGCUGUCAGAUACAUGCUCAUCGCCACGAUGGUAUGAACGCCUUGUUCACGGUGGAGAAAUGCCCCGAACCCGUCACUCUGCCGGGGCCUGACCUGCGUAACGUCAAACACAAGGAUUACGGGGACAGCAGCGAAGACUACUACGAGGAGGACUAUGGAAAUAUGUUCAACACCAUCAGCUUUCAGCCCAAGAGGCCAAAAGCGCGAGGGAGAUCCGGCAGAGGACAGGUGUCUGUUACCUGGACGCAUUAUAUCGCCGCUGAGGAGGUCACCUGGGACUAUGCUCCUCACCUCAAACCCACAGACAGUGAGUUGCAGUCUGGAUAUUUGCCUGCGUCUCCUCAUCACCUGGGUUACAAGUAUAAGAAGGUGGCGUAUGUCGAAUACACAGACGCAUCUUUCACUAAAAGGAAAAAUCCUGACAAGAAUCUACUAGGUCCACUUCUGAAAGGAAAAGUCAACGACCAGUUCCAUAUCAUCUUCAGAAACCUGGCCAGUCGCUCCUACAAUAUCUACCCCAAUGGCCUCACCAAGAUCUUUCCACAGCAGAGAACCACCAACGAUGCAGAGAAGGACUUGCGCUCUAUGGGUGUCCCCCCCAACGGAACAUUUGGCUACAUUUGGGGGCUAACAACAGAUGACGGGCCUUUGGAGGGGGACCCCCAGUGUCUGUCCCAACUGUAUCAGAGCACCGUCUCACCGGAGAGGGACUUAGUAUCGGGGCUUGUGGGCACCCUGCUCAUCUGCAAGUAUAAUGCUAUCGACACCAGAGGACGCCUGUUGGGCCCGGAUAAAGAGUGGAGCUUGAUAUUUGCUGUGUUUGAUGAGAACAGAAGUUGGUACUUUAAUGAAAACAUGGAGAACUCCAAACAGAACUCGAACAUCACCAACCCUGAAGUGUACGACUCCAACGUCAUUUACAGUGUGAAUGGCAUCAUGUUCAGUGGGCGUCAGUUUGUCAUGUGUCAGACUGAUGUCACCUUCUGGCACGUGGCCAGUGUGGGCACCCAGAGCGACUUCCUGUCCGUUUACUUCACGGGAAACCUGUUUCAGUACCAAGGCCUCUACCAGUCUGUCCUCACCCUGUUCCCCAUGACUGGCAUGACCAUUCCCAUGGAGACUGAGCUAAUAGGUGAGUGGGAGAUCAGCGCUUUUGAUGGCAACCUGAAGAGCCGAGGGAUGAGCAUCAGUUACAGCGUUCUCCCUUGCAACAGUGGAGGCCUCCCACACGUUGAUCGAGAUGAAGAUGCAGACGAUAUCUUUGACUAUAUUGAUCAGUUAAAUCUGCUGCCAAGAGGCAGUAGACCUGAAAAUCACACAGUUUUGGUGAAGGUGUGCAAGAAACCCCUCGAUGAUAACAGCACUCAGUCAGGAAACUCUACAGGACAAAAUGUAACCCACACUGAGGAACAGGCAAUAUGUCAGCUGAAGAGAGUCACAGUAACAUCAGCACGAGGACAAAAAACAGAGGGAGGAGUCCCACUGGACAUCUUGAAGGAACUAGAGAGAGAUGAGGAGUGGACAGUUACUAAUCAGACUGCACCUGGAAAAACAGGAGGUGGCCGACAGAGAAGACAGGCCGAAGGAAACUGGACAAAUGGAGACAUCGGCUCUGGAGCCUCAGAGGAUGGUGGAGGGAUUGUGGGAAACAUCACGGACACUGGUGCAGAGGUAAACUCUCAGGGAAGGAGUGACAUGCCAAGUGAAGAGAUUGGGCCAAAGGAGGAGCUUGAAGAGAGUAACGAGAUCUCACUGACAAAGAAGGUCGUAGCUGUGGAGCCAAGCACUUCAGAGGAAAUGGAUAACAACUUUGUUUGGAAAAACCUAAUCCAGUCCGAGCCUGGGCAAUUAAGAGUGGAUCUGCCAUUCCUGGAAUACAACUACACUGCUGACAACAACGAAACACAGAUAGAUCUGUCUCUAGAAUAUGAUGACUACGGCGAUCAGGCGAACAGCACAUCCAAUAUCUUUGCCUCAGAUCACGUAGACCCACGCUCUGGAGGGACCAGAUAUCGUACUUACUACAUCGCUGCAGAGGAGAUCAAUUGGGACUAUGGCAUCAGAAAACCACAUCAGCUCAUCAAACCCAGAGAGAUGCGUCGAGGGAUGAGGAAGUUCCUGCCCGAGUAUAAGAAGGUGGUGUUUCGGGCCUACAAGGGUAAAGACUUCCUCCAUCCCGUUAGCAGAGGAGAGCUUCAACAACACCUGGGAAUCAUGGGACCUUUCAUCAGAGCUGAGAUCAAUGAUCUUGUCACUGUGAUCUUUAAAAACAAGGCAUCCAGGCCUUACUCAUUUCACCUCCAGGGAGUGUAUGACCUUAGCCAGGGGGCCAGCAUAGCACAAACCCCUUCCUCCUCUAAUCCACCUGGGGUCCCAGGAGAGCCUGUGGCCCCUGGUGAGGUGCGGGCCUACAACUGGAGAGUAACCAAGAAACAAGGGCCCACCGACACUGAGUUUGACUGCAAGACAGGAGCUUACUACUCCACCGUGGACAAGGAGAAGGACCUUCACUCAGGUCUGAUGGGUCCGCUGGUGAUCUGUAAGCCUGGCACCCUCCUCAACGGUCAGCAAACACAGCCAGACAUCCAAGAGUUCGCCCUGCUCUUCCACACCUUCGACGAAACUAAAAGCUGGUACCUGGAGGAGAAUCUGCAGCGGCACUGUGCCCCCCCCUGUCAGGUCAACACAGACGACCCCUGGUACCACAUCAACAACAAGUUUGCAGCUAUAAAUGGUUACGUGGCUGAGACACUUCCUGGUCUGUUGGUCGCCCAGCACCAGAGAGCGAGGUGGCACCUGCUGAAUGUAGGAAGUGACGGGGAGUACCACGCCGUGCACUUCCAUGGUUUACCUUUCACCCUUCACACUGAACAGGAACAUCGCAUGGGUGUCUACAACCUCUUCCCUGGAGUGUUUGGCACAGUGGAGAUGAGGCCCCCUACAGUCGGCACGUGGCUGGUGGAGUGCACCAUAGGAGACUAUCAGCUGGCUGGCAUGAGGGCGAAACUACUGGUGUAUAAUCCACGCUGUGUUAUACCUCUGGGGAUGAAAUCAGGAAGAAUUGAGGAUUCCCAGAUUACAGCAUCAGAUCACAUAGAUUACUGGGAGCCCAGGCUGGCCAGGCUGGAUCAGUCAGGUUACAUCAAUGCCUGGAUGGGCAAAAACAAGAUGUCAUGGAUACAGGUGGACCUCCGGAGGCCCAUGCUGCUGCAUGGCGUGCAGACACAGGGCGUCAGGUCAAGGCUGAGGGACCACUACAUCACAAUCUUCUCCGUCUCCUACAGUUUGGACCAGGAAACUUGGACCACUUACAAAGGAAAUAGCACCAGGCAGAAGAACAACUUUCACGGCAACCUGGACAGCUACAGGGUGAAAAACAAUUACUUCUCUCCACCGUUUGUGGCUCGCUACGUCCGGAUUCUGCCAUUAAAUUUUGUGCAAAAGCCUGCUCUCCGACUGGAGCUGCUGGGCUGCGAUCUCAACAGCUGCUCGCUGCCUCUCGGGCUCCAGAGGAAACUGAUUCCCGACAGCAGCUUCAGUGCCUCCUCAUUUCACAAGUCUAUGCUGCGUAUCUGGAGCCCCAGUCUUGCCCGGCUCCAUCUGGAGGGCAGAGCCAACGCCUGGAGGCCAGUGCACGACAACCCCCAUGAGUGGCUGCAGGUCGACUUGGGGAAAGUCAGACGCAUCACAGGGGUCAUAACCCAAGGAGCACGAUCACUGUUGACCCAAAUGAUUGUGACGGAGUUCUCGGUCACCGUCAGCCAGGACGGACAAUCCUGGAGCAGCGUGUUAGAGGACAGCUCCCAAAAAGAACAGAUCUUCACAGGAAACAAUGAUCCAGACGAGGAGGCUGUCACAGUGUUCGAUGCCCCCUUGUUCGGCCGCUACCUCCGUGUCCACCCGCGCGGCUGGAUCAACUGCAUCGCCCUGCGUCUGGAGGUCCUGGGCUGUGACACGCAGCAGGUGCUCUGAAGCCACGGAUCUCACCAACCGGCCUGAAGCGGCAUUUUAGCAGCAGUGUGUUUUUUGUAUUUUUGUGUUGUUUCAGUGUUUGGCAAGUGAUGAUUUUAUUGUUAUGAGCACUUCUUAAGUUAUAUAUAAAAUAUUGUAUUGGAAAAGCUAUUUCUCCCGUAGCCACAACUCUGUUUACAUUUUCCCCUUAUUGCCGGUGUGGCGUUUUAUCAUUGUAGGUGAGAUUAAAAUGUAUAUGUUGAUAGUUUAGAUAUUUGUUUUAAGAUAAAAACUUUUAGGCUGUGUGAACUCCAGAUCAAACUUUUUGAAUGUAAGCUUGUGUAAAUAUUAGAGAAGAAUGUAAACAGUUUGACUGGUUGUAUAUCUUUUUGUUUUUUUUGCUUUAUAAGAGUUUAUAUAAACAAUGAAUCUACCUACUAUUUCCACAAA